AUGUCUCAAACUUUGACAGUCACUGGCCAACGGGUCCUGCUACCCGAUUCUCUGGACCCUCGUCCAGCGACGCUAACCAUCGAAUCAGGAAAAAUAGUGGCUAUUGAAGACGGCUGGCGCAAAAGCGACAUCGAUGCUGGAAGCUACAUCCUUAUCGCUGGUCUCGUUGAUGCUCAUGUCCACCUCAAUGAACCUGGAAGAACAGCAUGGGAAGUAAGCGCUUCUUCCCUUUUCUCGCAUUCAUCCGAUCUUUCUUUCUUCCACCAGGGCUUCUGGACGGGAACACGGGCAGCGGCUGCUGGCGGCGUCACUUGUGUCGUAGACAUGCCUUUAAACUCGCUCCCUCCCACCUGUUCAUCAGCCAAUCUCGACCUUAAGCGCGCAGCAGCCACCAACCAAUGUUUCACUGACGUCGCCUUCUGGGGCGGCGUCAUACCUGGAAAUCAGCACCAUCUUAGACCGCUUGUUGAUGCUGGCGUCAAAGGGUUCAAAUGUUUUCUCAUAGACAGUGGUGUCGAGGAAUUCCCUUGUGUGUCAGAGGAGGAUACCCAAUCUGCGAUGGAGAUUCUCCAGGAUCUCUCUACGGUUCUUCUGUUUCACGCGGAAUUUGACCACGCCCCGUCGCAACCCGCGCAACCACCGCAGCCGUCGACAGCUUAUAACACCUUCUUGCAAUCAAGGCCAGAGAAGCUUGAAGUCGAUGCCAUCUCUCUUAUCACAAGGCUCCAACAACGGUAUCCUGCGCUCAGAUGCCACAUUGUCCAUCUGUCUGCUGCAUCUGCCCUCCCAGUGAUUCGAGCGGCAAAGGCCGCUGGUGCGAAGCUGACUGUGGAAACUUGCUUUCAUUACCUUUGUCUCGCUGCGGACCACCUUCCUGAUGGCCACCCCGAAUUCAAGUGCUGUCCCCCCAUCCGCGACGACACCAACCGCCAGCUGCUAUGGGAGGCCCUACUUGACGGAACAAUUGACUGCGUGGUAUCUGACCACAGUCCGUGUGUAGCCGAAUUGAAGCACAUUGACGAUGGCGAUAUUAUGGGAGCUUGGGGCGGAAUUAGCACGUUAGGUCUCGGCCUUAGCCUCCUCUGGACCGAGGGGUCGAAGCGUGGUGUGAGUCUUGCCCAAAUACUUGAUUGGACGAGCAAAAAGACAGCUGAACACGCGAGUCUGCAUCACCGCAAGGGCGCACUCAAAGUCGGGUUCGACGCUGAUUUUGUCGUUUGGGACCCAGAUGCUGAGUUCACUGUCACCAAAGAGUCGCUUCAUUUCAAGAACAAGUUGUCAGCUUAUGAAGGGCUGAAUCUGCGCGGUCAAGUCAAGCAGACUUACGUGCGCGGCUCCCUCGUAUAUGACUCUACCGCCUCAGACGCUUUUGUAAACCCUCCCGUUGGCAACUUGCUCUAA